AUGUACAAUGAGGCAAAGAAAAUUUGGCAGUUAGAUUUCUGCGAAGACGUCAGAACCUCACUUACUACCCUAAAAGCUUAUUUAACGCAGAAGAUGCUUUUUGCAGACAUUUAUUCUACCAUCUCCAUGUAUCAUAGCACUUUUGAUAAACUUGAUAUAGCUAUAGAAGCCGCCACAACCUCUCUUCGUUUACUGCAUGCAGGCAUGAAGGGACUGGAGAAAUCAUUCAAAGAGAACGGGCAUAAUACUUUAGAGGAUGAGUCAUUCAUUGAGACGGACCCUAAAACAGCAAAGGUUGUGCUUCGUGAGUGUCAAUGGGCUGUAGCGCACAAAAUCAGUUCAUGCUGUAAAAUUUUGGUGAAUCUCUAUAUCCGAAAAGGCUCGUGGGUAGAAAUUGAAUACCUUAUUGGUGAAAUUCGAUCGUUAGCAGACAAGACAAGAUCAAAAAGCAUACUUUUCCAUGAUCACCUCAUUGCAAGUGAUUUUUAUCUACGCUACGGUGAUAACGAAAAGGCCAGCGAGGAGUUUAACCUUGCUCGUCAAUUACAACCAAAGGAGAAGACUUACGGCUUAGAUAUGGUUCUUUUAAAAAUUUCUGAAGCAAAUUUGGCUAUUGCUAAAGAACGAUAUGAGGAAGCCACCACCCUCAACGAAGGGAUUGAAGCAUCCAUCAGUAAUUUGUUGUCAAUUGCGUACCUCACUAGCCUCGAGGAUAUAACCAAUGCAGGCGGGACGAAUACGAAAGCCCAGCAUUACCGUGAGUAUAUUUUUAUUGAGAACCGAAUUUGA